AUGUCUCAAUACGCGCACCUGUCUACUCCUGAUGUCGAAUAUUCCGAGAUGGUCAAAUCUCUUCCGAGUAGAGAUAGAUCUCAAAGUCACGAUGUUGCAGUGGCACGAAAAGGACUCGAGCUUGUGGGUGUCGAGCUCAAAAGAAUUCUUGGACCUUCUUUGCCAAAGGAUACUGAAUACAACGUUCUAGAUCACAAGAUUGAGUCGAUCAAUGGUGAGGAGUUUGAGAUACGAUGCCUUGUUCCUACACCUGCUGGACAGAGUGAAGAAACGUCCCCUCUGUUAGUCUGGUAUCACGGAGGAGGAUGGGCUGCUGGCCAAAUCGACCAGGAUGACUACGACCUCCGGAUGAUGUGCGUCGAAGUGGGCAUAUGUAUAGUGAAUGUCAACUAUAGAAGAGCACCAGAGCAUCUGUUCCCAACUUUCAUUGAAGACUCAUAUGCGGCGCUCAAAUGGGCUCUCACGAACGCUCCUGAGCUUCACGCGUCCCCCGCUAAAGGCUUCAUAAUCUCCGGGCAGUCGGCAGGAGGCGAAAUAGCCGCUGUGCUCUCCCACUGGGCAAGGGAUGAUCCAUUCUUUCAGGGAGAGGGCAAACGCCUGACCGGACAACUACUGCAAUACCCUCUGGUCUUGCAUCCUGCAUCCGAGAGCAUCUACAAAGAGGAGCUGGUUUCGAUGGAGCAAAAUAACGACCCGACGGCGCCUAUGCUUACUGGAGGCGACUGCUCUUGGUAUGCUGGUACGCACCUUGUAUCACCAUUGACAUAUUUCACGGGAUACAUAGGAUUGACCAAAGCAAGCGCGACGGACCCCAAUUUUAGCCCCAUCCUAUUCCCUUCACACUCUAAUCUUCCUCCGAUGGUUAUGAUGAUAUGCGGAAUGGAUCCCUUGCGAGACCAGGACUUUCUAUAUGAACGUGUGCUAAGGGAAUCUGGAGUCAAAACUAGGACCUACGUGUAUGCUGUAUUAUCAUAG